AUGACUGACAUGGAACUGCCACCAGCUUAUAUCACCGCUUCUAAUGAUUUGCGGUCUGAUACUUUCACCACGCCCACCGAGGCCAUGAUGAAGGCCGCUUUGACGGCGUCCGUCGGGGACGCCGUCUACGGUGAGGAUAUAGACACCGUGAAACUAGAACAGAAAGUCGCUAAACUGGCCGGGUUCGAGGCCGGGCUUUUCUGCGUCUCGGGGACUCUUUCGAACCAGAUCGCCCUCAGAACACACCUAUACCAGCCCCCAUACUCUGUUCUGUGCGAUUACAGGGCCCACGUGUACACCCACGAGGCCGCAGGGCUGGCCAUCUUGUCCCAGGCCAUGGUUGUCCCCGUGAUCCCAUCUAACGGGAACUACCUGACUUUGCAAGACAUCAAGCGUCACUACGUGCCAGAUGAUGGCGAUAUCCACGCGGCCCCAACAAAAGUGAUCUCUUUGGAGAAUACACUACAUGGGAUCGUAUACCCAUUGGAGGAACUGAUCAGAAUUAAAGGGUGGUGCAUGGAGAACGGGUUGAAGUUGCACUGUGACGGUGCCAGAAUCUGGAACGCCGCGGUGCAGGCCAACAUCCCCUUGAAACAGUACGGGGAGAUCUUCGAUUCGAUCUCCAUCUGCCUGUCUAAAUCCAUCGGGGCACCAAUGGGGUCUGUCCUUGUCGGGGACGUCAAGUUCAUCAAGAAAUGUAACCAUUUCAGGAAACAGCAAGGUGGUGGGGUCAGACAGUCUGGGAUCAUGGCUCGUAUGGCCAUGGUCGCUAUAGAGGAUAACUGGAAGGAGAGACUUCACAGAUCCCAUAGUCUCGCCCAUAACUUGGCCGCGUUCUGUAAGAAACAGGGGAUCCCAUUGGAGUCCCCCGCGGACACGAACUUCGUCUUCGUCGACCUUCGGAAAGCCAGAAUGGACCCUGACGUGCUCGUCAAAAAGGGGCUCAAAUACAACGUCAAGCUCAUGGGUGGGAGAGUCUCGUUCCACUACCAGAUCGAAGACGACGUCCUGGAGAGAGUUAAAUUGGCACUUUCGGAGGCCUUCGAGUACGCGAAACAACACCCAUGCGACCAAGACGGUCCCACGCAGGUGUACAGAAGCGCAUCCACCGAGAUCGACGUCCAUGGGAACGCCAUCCAAGAGAUCAAAACCUACAAAUACUAG